AUGUCUAGAAGUUUACCUUUGAUGUCUGCCGCCGAGGUGGCCAAACACAACACCAAGAAAGAUAUUUGGGUAACAUUAUAUCAAAGAAAAGUCUAUGAUGUGAGUAAUUUUAUUGGUGAACAUCCGGGCGGAGCCGAUAUUAUCCUUCCUUAUGCUGGGAAAGAUAUUACUGGUAUUAUGGCCGAUGUCGUGUCCCAUGUUCAUUCUGAAAGUGCUUACGAAAUGUUGGAUGAUGACAUGUUGGUUGGAUAUUUAGCUACAUCUAAAGAAGAAAAGAAUUUACUUCAAAAUAAGAAUAAUACUCGAGUUGAUGUUACUUUGAGUGAUGAUGAGAAUUUUGACAUGUAUGAAUUUCAUGAUCAUUUACCUGCUUUGGAAAAACUUUGGAUUAAGACUGAUUUUAGUGAAGAUGCUAAGAAGCAUAAGUUUUUAGACUUGAAUAAACCUUUAUUAAUGCAAGUUCUCCGUGGGAAUUUUACUAAAGAAUUUUAUUUGGAUCAAGUUCAUAGACCAAGACAUUAUGGUAAAGGUUCAGCACCACUUUUUGGAAACUUUUUAGAACCACUUUCCAAAACUCCAUGGUGGGUUAUUCCAAUUAUUUGGAUUCCAUGUAAUUUUGCCCUUUUUUAUGUUGGUUUUAGUAAUCAAAGUCCAAUUACAGCACUUAGUUUAUGGGUAUUAGGAUUAUUUGUUUGGACAUUUGUUGAAUACUUUUUACAUAGAUGUAUUUUCCAUAUGGAUAAAUUAUUGCCAGAAAGUAGUAUUGCUUUUACUAUUCAUUUCCUUUUACAUGGUGUUCAUCAUUAUUUACCAAUGGAUCCAUAUAGAUUGGUUAUGCCUCCAACAUUAUUCCUUAUACUUGCAUUCCCAUUCUAUAAACUUGUUUUUGCCAUUUUUCCAUUCUAUCAAGCUUGUUCUGCAUUUUCUGGUGGAACUUUAGGGUAUAUUAUUUAUGAUAUAACUCAUUAUGUAAUUCAUCAUACUAAAUUACCACAAUUUUUACAAGAGUUAAAGACAUAUCAUUUAGAACAUCAUUAUAAGAAUUAUGAUUUAGGAUAUGGUGUUACUUCCAGAUUCUGGGAUGUUGUUUUCGGAACUGAAAUUACCGAGACUUACCAAAAGACAGCCUAG